AUCCAACUCAGAGCCCGCCCCGUGUUGACUGAAACCAACACUUCCCGAAACACACUGCAAUUCUAUGCCACCAGCUGCUGCCCUUUAAAACACCCAUGGGGGUUUGGGGAGAGAACGAAAGAAUAGUGUAACUUAUUAUUAACAUGUCUGCAGGUCCUCCCUGUACCUGAGGCUUACCUGCUCUGAAAGCUGCCAUCACGCAGGUAUGCUGCUGUCUCUGUUUCUAAACACGGAAGACGUUUCUUACGUAGGUGUUCUUGUUUUCCGUCCAGUGGGAUUUUCUGUAAAAACCAGUGAGUAAAAGCACCAGCUUUUGUUGAGAGCAGAGGUUUUGAGGUCAUAUUUCCUGGAACAGCGUCCUGCACAGUACUUGCAAAGGCUCAUUUUUCUGGGACAGAGUUCACAUACAGCACGGCUGACUCCUGCUGCCAUCAAGCAUGUCGGGGAUCACAGCCAGUACCACAAACUACCUGUGGUCUCUACAAGAUGUCCUGGGUCAAGGGGCUACUGCCAGUGUCUACAAGGCUCGCAACAAGAGGUCGGGUGAGCUGGUUGCCGUCAAGGUGUUUAAUGCAAAUAGCUACAACCGCCCCCAUGAGGUCCAGAUGAGAGAGUUCGAGAUGCUGAGGAAGCUGAACCACAGCAAUAUCGUCAAGCUGUUCACCGUUGAAGAGCUGCCCUCUAAGCAGAAGGUGCUGGUGAUGGAGUACUGUUCAGGAGGGAGUCUGCUCAGUCUGCUCGAGGAGCCAGAAAACGCCUUUGGCCUGCCUGAAACAGAGUUCCUCACAGUAUUACAGUGUGUAGUGCAGGGGAUGAACCACCUGAGAGAAAAGGGAGUGGUGCACCGGGACAUUAAGCCCGGUAACAUCAUGCGGCAGGUUGGGGAGGAUGGAAAGUCUGUUUAUAAGCUGACUGACUUUGGAGCAGCAAGAGAGCUGGAUGAUAAUGAGAAGUUUGAUUCUAUUUAUGGAACUGAAGAGUAUCUGCACCCAGACAUGUAUGAACGUGCUGUGCUGCGCAAGCCUCACCUGAAAUCCUAUGGUGUGAACGUAGACCUGUGGAGUAUCGGUGUGACAUUUUACCACGCCGCCGCAGGAAGUCUUCCCUUCAUACCGUUUGGAGGACCCCGCAGGAACAAACCCACCAUGUUCAAAAUAACUACAGAGAAGCCUAUGGGUGCAGUAGCUGGAGUGCAGCGCGUUGCAGAUGGACCUAUAGAGUGGAGCUACAACCUACCUCACAACUGUCGACUCUCACAAGGUCUGACAAUGCAGCUGGUUCCAGUACUAGCAGGUAUACUGGAGGCCGAUCAGGACAGGUGUUGGGGUUUUGACCAGUUCUUCACAGCCACAACAGAUAUCCUGCAGCGGCAGCCAGUUCAUCUUUUCUCUCUGCAACAGGCUCAGGAGCAUUGUAUCUACAUACACCACUACAACACGGUGUCUGUAUUCUUUGAGGAGGUGGCGUCUCAGACUGGUAUUGCAGUUCAGCUGCAACAUCUGCUGUACCUGGGUCACGACCUCCCUCUGGAAGGCAACAUGAAGGUGGUCAACCUCCCGAAUACUUCAAGAGCUCAGCCUCUGAUUCUGCUCAGCUAUGGGCCUGAAGCAAACAGCAGCCUGCCCUUCAGAGAGCCAGAGACUCCUGUCAUCCCAUCCAAGUUUGAUGUUAUGGCAGACUACAACUUCUCCAAGAUAAUGGUGGGAGUGGUCCAUCAGUAUCUCAGGAUAAUACAGUUGCUGCACUCACACAGAGAGCUGCUUCUACAAGGAUACUACAGCUACAUGAUGAGGCUGCGCAGGGAGUGUGGAGAGGCAAUGCACAGCAUUGCAAUGAUCACUGUAAGACUGCAGUCUUGCCUCAUUGUAGAACACAGGCUUCAGACACUAGGCCACCACACUUCAGAAAACCAAGGCUCAGGUGAUGGCAAUCAAAAGCUGCAGCUGGUCCACCAGCAUCUACCCAUAUACGCAGCCGGCAUCCAAGAGUUUCAGACUCGCCUGGACCAUCUGCAGAUAGAGCAGGCCAAGCUAGCUGAAACUCUUGGCAAUGACAAGAGCUGCCAGAAGAUGGAGAUGCUGCUGCAGAAGAUAACAGCAAUUCAUCAGCACUAUCGUAAAGAUAGACUAAGUGGCAAGUUGCCAUAUAAUGAUGAGCAAAUCCACAAGUUUGAGAAAAUCCACCUGUCCUCUCACAUUAAGAGAGUGAAAUCUCUCUUCAGAGAAGACUCUGUGCAGAAAUACAAAGAGCUUCUGACCUCAACCAGGACAUGGAGCAGCGUUUUACUGGAGAUGCAGACCCGCCUGCAGGACUUUGGCUCUUUCUCUACAGGCUUGUUAGCGGACCUAGAGAUGAGUAAUCAGUGCCAAAAUAAGUCUCUGGACCGAAUUCUAUCCAGUCAGCAGUCCGGUAGAGCAGCACAACAUCCUGGAGUCACAGCCAGAGACAAGGACCAGAUGGUCUCAAGGAUGCACCAUCUGAAGGAGGAAAUGGAGAUUCUAGUGCGGGAACUACAGUUUAAUAACAGCGUUAUUGAGAGUUUGGGAGGAGUAAACUCAACAACAGCUCUUGAUCCAAGCUUGGCCAGACCAUCUACUCUGUGACUAAAGUGCAACACCCUUGCAUUUUAACACAUUUACACACACACACUCUUUGAUGAGCACCUCAUUUAUAACUGCCCAUCAGGAGCAGUCAUGGACGGUGUAUUGGAUCCUCUAUUAAGGACCAGCUGUAGCCGUGAAGUGCUGCAUGAAGAGGAAGCAGCCAAAGACAAUCAAUUAUAUGUGAAUCUCAAUGUAGCGAAAAAGAUGUGCAUGAUGGAGAGGGAGGAAAUGCCAAGGAUGGAUUUUUAUCCAGUGUGUGUUUGUGUGUAUGGGACUACUGAGUAAAGCAUUUCAAUACAAACCUCAUUAAUGCCUUUAGUGUUAUUGUUUCUGUUUCUAAUACGCUGCAUCAGUGAUGGACUGUCAGGAUGACUGCCAAGUCAGCUGCUGUGUGUUUAUCUGAGGCCGUGUUUCUUCUUUGUCCCACAGGAAAAGCACUGCGGAACCAGGGGAACCUUUAAAUGAUUAAUUCAACUUGACUGACUUUAUAUCUCUGUGUGUUUAUGUAUGCGUGUGUGUGUGUGUGAAUAAGUUGCCUGCAGUCUUUUUGAUCAUAGAAACUGUUUCAUGUGA